GGACCACCAGGUCCUCCCGGUGCAGAUGCAGUCAAAACUAUUGGCGUUCAAGGACCAAAAGGUUCAGUUGGGAGAGUGGGCCCACGAGGGGAACCAGGCGCAAGUGGCGUCCCAGGCACCCCUGGAGAAAUUGGACCGCAAGGUCCACCCGGUCCAGCAGGGAACCCAGGUAUGCGAGGAAAAGAUGGAGUUCCAGGAAAUGCUGGUGCUCCUGGACGACCAGGUGCAGAUGCCCAGUACUGCCCUUGCCCACCAAGAACUGCAUUCCUGCAACGACGUCACUAAACUCCUCCACUUCGUUCAACACUUCUCUUUUAUCUUGCUUCUACCAGUUUUGUGUAAAAGCAAAUAAUA